AAACCAAAAAGCGAAUUAUUAGACGUGACCUGUACUGUGUUAAACUUAAUAAUGCUUAGCGGACAAGAGUUCAACACCCACGGUUCCGAUGUGCAUUGCCUGUAAGAAACUGCAGGAAUAAUGCUGCGCAGUAAGGGUGGCCGUGUGCAGGGGGAUUGAUCGUCACCAUAUGACAAUACCAAGAAUGUAGUGUGGACAAGCACUCCAAGGAAACGUGAUGCGGCACGAUGCCGUUACCAAAGCCAAAAGCUGCCUGGCUGUGAACACUUUCGCUUGGGGCAACCUAGUCUUUGACCAUGUGCUGCUCAGAACACGCUGUGUCAUGUUGCUGCCGCAGGUCGGCAGCUUGUCUCAGUGUCCAAACCUCGUAGGUAAUUCGCUGCUGAAGCUCACACCCCCACCCCAGUCACAGUCACACCUCCCUGCCACUUGGUGUCUGUCCUUCUCACCUGCUGGUGCUACUGCUCUUAUUUAAAGGGCCCGGGGGCAGGAGGCAGGUUCCGGGGCCGGGCUCUCCAUCUAUUUAAAGGGAGGAGGAUGCAGCUGCUGCAAAGGGAGCACUGUUGAGUUUUACGUGAGUUCGGGACUUAGUCGGACGUGCGAAUUCUGCUUGAGCUAACUCUAGCCUGCUGUAUCGCUUUGCCCACAAAACGGGAACUGAAGAAAAGGCACACAGUCCAAGGCAUGCCUACCAGCAUUGUUUCUUUGCUAGUUUUGAUUGCCCUGUGGUUUCACCGGGUGUCCGCCAAGAGGCCUGACUGGCCCGAGUGUCCCUCUUGUGAAGUGGGGUCUCGCGAACCUGUCGGAGCAAAGGCUGGGACAGACAGUGUUAGGGGGGCAGGGGAAUUCUGUGGGGUAUACACCCCUACUUGUGCCCGGGGGCUGCGGUGCGUGCCGCGUGCUGGAGACCGGACCCCACUGCAUAGCCUGCUGCGUGGUCGGGGAGUCUGCCGGAAGGACAAAGGUGGCAAAAACCGUUGGGAGUACGAGUCCCAGCAACCAGGUAGCAAUGAGAAGGAUGAUACACAAGGAACCAUCGAUCCUAUGCUAGGGGGCGAAAGCUUUAGUGCGUCCCUGAAAUUCUCCAAAGCUACUGAAGAGUCCGUACUUCAGCAGUGGCCUAAAUAUCAUCAUUCUACAAAGAUCAGUGAAGGGGACUCUAAUCAAAUCUCUCUGGAUACAGAUCCAAAACAGGAAACAGAGACUGCUCCCUGCAGGCAACAUUUGGAUUUAAUUCUUCAAGAUCUGAAGCAUACCUUUUUCCGCACUUCUAAAGAUAUUUAUAUUCCAAACUGUGAUGCAAAAGGAUUUUACAGGAGAAAGCAGUGCAGAUCAUCAAAAGGACCAAAGAGAGGCAUAUGCUGGUGUGUGGAUAGGGAUGGAAAUCUGCUUUCUGGGUCAGAAGGUACUGAAGGAACUUCUCAGUGCCAGCGUAGUGAGAGUGAUUGAAGGCUGUGCCUUUUAAAAAGUCAAAAUGCCACAUUAAAAGCUGGAAGACUCCAAGCUGUUUAUACGCAUUGAUACACACACACACACACACACACAUAUAAAUAUAUAUAUAUAUAUAUAUAUAUAUAUAUAUAUAUAUAUAAAAGGAACUGUGCUGGACACUUCUGCUUUUACUGCCAUUUUGUUGAAAAAAAAAGGACUUCUUACAGAAAAAAAUUCUACCUUUUAUUUAUUCUUAAAUUAAAGAAACUCUGCAUAGAUUUAAGUUCAUGUUAAUAUUUUACGCUUUAUUUUUUAAAUAUAUUUUGAAGGGAGGCAGGUAUUUAUUGUCCUGUAUAUUCACGUUUUGUUUUUCAAUGUGCCUUUGCUGCUGAGUACUUCACAACCUGAAGAUUUCUGCCUUCCUUGUCCAGAUUCCAGAGUUUGUAAAUGUUAUUAGAAGGGGGCUGGAGGCAUGCGACUUUCGUCCCUGAAAUGGAUAAAUUAUGUGACUUGACGUGUGCAGAGAAUCAAAAAAUCAAUGCUGUUAUGUUACCAGUUUGUCUGUAAUUGUGUGAGAUAAGGAACUAUGUAGGAACAACUUAAUACAGCAUAAAGACCAACACAUCUCCCAGAUAUCAAUGAAUAAAUUAUGGGACUGCACUUCAGAAUUUUGGACUCGCUGAAAAGUACAAUGUUAACCAUUUUGAACCUGUUGUGGAAUGUUAUUUCACAAUUUUGGAGCAAUUGUUUUAAUUCUGUGCGCUAGUUUCUUAGUCAUUGUUGUUUUGUUGUUGUUUUUAAUCAGGUUACAAAGAUAAAGAAAAAAAAAAACAAGCAAAAACAUUCAGGAAGCUAGGAUGCUUAAACAUGUUUUUA